ACACCGGGGCUGUCAGUGAGCCCAGGCAGGCCUUCAAUCUGAUAGAAACACUGAAAAACAAACCGAGCUCCGCAGCUCGACACCGCUUCUAUCAGCAGACUUUUACGCACAUUAUUUCCGGAUCGAUCGCGAUACAUGGUCGUGAAGUCGAGACGACAGUGUUAAUAGAGCAACGUGGCGGUGGGAUUUGAGAAGAUUACAGUCAAUAAAGUCUCUCUGCACAAGACUGCCUCCUAAUCCCUGUGUGAAAGGGAUGGGCAGUGCACCGGCUAGAUCCGACUUUCUGCAAAAAGCUGGGAUGGCAGAGCCUCCCAUGUCAUGUGAUUGUUUUGUUUCCUUGCCACCUGGAUCUCGCGAUGACCAUGUGAUUUUUGGGAAGAACUCAGACCGACCCCGGGAUGAGGUGCAGGAGGUGGCCCACUACCCUGCAGCAUCACACCCUCCAGGCUCCACGCUGGAGUGCACAUACAUCCAGAUCCCUCAGGUGGAGCAGACGCACGCUGUCGUCCUCAGUAAGCCCGCCUGGAUGUGGGGCGCUGAAAUGGGAGCUAAUGAUCAGGGAGUCUGUAUUGGGAAUGAGGCUGUCUGGACAAGAGAGCCUGUCGCCUCCGGAGAGGCUCUGCUGGGCAUGGACUUUGUUCGACUGGGGCUGGAGCGCGGUGACAGUGCCUGGGCGGCGCUCACUGUGAUCACCGGCCUCCUGGAGCAGUACGGCCAGGGAGGGCAGUGCAGGGAGGAUCCUGAGCCCUUCAGCUACCACAACACCUUCCUCCUGGUGGACCGCCAGGAGGCCUGGGUCCUGGAAACUGCUGGAAAACUGUGGGUGGCACAGAGGGUAACAGAGGGUGUGAAGAACAUCUCCAACCAACUGACGAUCGGUGCCGAGGUCUCUGCAGAGCACCCGGAGCUGCGCAGCGUGGCUCAGGCAGAGGGCUGGUGGGACGGAGAGGGAGAGUUCAACUUCUCCCAGGUGUUCAGCCCAGAGGACCCCCCUGCCAGGAUGGAGCUGGCCAAACAGCGCUACAAAGGAGGCACGGAGCUACUCCGGCAACAUGACGGCUCAGUGACAGCAGAGGUGAUGAUAUCCAUUUUGAGGGACAAGCCCAGUGGCAUCUGCAUGAACUCUGGAGGUUUCUGCACCACAGGCAGCAUGGUGUCUAUCCUGCCUAGAGACUGCAGCCUGCCAUGCGUCCACUUCUUCACUGCCACCCCAGACCCCUCCAGGUCUGUAUUCAAGCCUUUUGUCUUUUCGGACGGUGCCACCCCAGUGCCGAGGGUGGUCUCCCCACAGUUUGGGCCAGACGACCCCGUCAGGAAGCAGCCUCGUUUUCAGAGCCGGGUGGACCGCAGACAUGACCUUUACAAGGCCCACCAGGUGGCGCUCAGCUCCAUGGAGACCAACUCGGACGAGGGUUUAGCCAUCUAUGAGAUCCUGAUGGACCUGGAGUCGCAGUGUCUGAGUGAGAUUUCAGCCAUGCUUAACGGAGAGAUACCAGGAGAGGAACUGGGGGGCUUAUUUUUUGAUUGCGUGGACACAGAGAUUAAGUUCUACCAGUGAGCAGCACCCUCAGGUGGAGAUCCCUAGUGCUGGCUCGGUUGCAGGACAGGGCUCCUGGGACUGAUAUGAACUGUGUUCCACGUCUGAUGGGUCUCCGCCACGCUCACAUAACAUACAUCCCUGACACCAUUCCAUGAUUAACACAGACUCUGUGUCUAUAAUACACAUGUGAUAGGAGCAAAUGUAUCAUCUGUAUCACCCAGGGAGCAAUGACUGCACCUCAGUAGUGAGAAUAAUGAUGUAGAGAAACAGGAGCCUAUGUAGAGGAGGUUGCACAAAUACUGUGAGUACAGCUAAUGUUUUGUGUUUGUUGGAAAUUAAUGGGUUGCCAUUUGAUGAAGUCGGGGGAAGAUCUAAUAAACAAUAAGCAUAGUCUUUCUUGAGUGUGUUGUAAGCUUUAUGUGACACUUUAGUAUUGCUUCUGUGGGCUAUGUUUGAGGAUUUACACAUUAAUCUUUCCAAACUCAUAAAUAAAUAUUUUGCAAACUCCUUUCAGGUUAAAUGGAUUUCUUCUAUGCCCAAAAAUAAAGAUUUAUUAAAUGCC